AUGUCCUGCACUAAUUUUAAGCAGGAUGGCCACGUUUAUAGAUGUAUUUUGCGGCACCCACUUGUUGCACAACUUAGGGUGCUGGAUAACGUAGCAGAGGGAAAGGUGACGAAGGAGCUGAACGAGAUUCAGGCUCGUGGUGGGCCAGCAGAGAUGGAAGUACUACAUCUUGCACACCUUGCUUUGGACAUGACGAAUGCUCUGCCACACGGGAACGACAGGGCAAAAAAGCAACUAAGUUGGUACAAUGGCGUCAGGCGAACCCAGCUGCUUGGUGACCGUUUGCUGCUCUUUCCCGAGGACCCAACAUGGGCAAUGGACGAUGGGCUAUUCAAGCGCGAUGGCCCAGACGCCAUGUAA